AUGCUCGCCGGGGGGAGCCACGUUUCAUCCCCUUGGAUUGCGUUUCGUAGGUCCCUCUCGUCCACGUUGUUUCUGAUGCUCGCCGGAGACGAUGGCAAACCACUCGAGAACGGCGAGCAGCUUUCCCAACGCCUCGCCUUGCACUACAUAGACUGGAUUACAUACCACACGGCCACGGCGGUGAUCUGUGGUGGUGGCAUGGUCCCGAACGGGCGGUUAUACGGCAUACGAUCCUACGCCUGUACGGUGCUAAGCCUGGAUAAGAUAGAGGGCUUGGCUGUGAUCUCGAUGCGUGCCCUGGACGAGAUCCUCCCAUACGCCAAGAUCAGAUUAAUUUGCAUGAAACGCGUGGAAUUGGCUGAUCAUAUCACAACCACAUGGUACCCCCUUGAACCCUUGAACAACCUCGAGAGCUUUGACUGUGAUGGUCUCGAGAUGAGGUCAUUAUCGGCUGCCCUCUGGUUGCACUUGCUGAGACUAUUGGCCCUCCGUGCCCGCAGCCGUUUGCCAUACGGAGUCACCGUCCCCGUUCUCCGGGAGGCAGCGUUACGGAGCUUGGUGGCUACGGGGCCAGAAGGCGGAGGGGAGGGUCCGGAGAUCCGAAACAGCCAGGCCAACAGAGCGCAGGAAGAGAGGCCAAGAGAUCAAGUCAAGAGGAACCCCGAUAUAUAA